UUUCUUAGUACCAAGCCUGUGGAGAAGCCGAAGGAGCUGAUCAUUCCACUCAUCCAAAGGAAUCGCUGGUGCAGCAGGCAGGAAAACAGAGCUGGCCAGGUCCAGGGGCACGGUGAUGGAGGGGGGGAUAAGGCCAAAACACAACCCCCCUCUCAGGAGCACGACUCAGUGGAAUCACAGGCUGUCAAAGAAAUUAUUGAAGGUGUAUGUCUGUCUGUGUAUGUUUGUGUCAGCUUCAGUUACUACUUCAAUGAAAAUAGCCUCUCAGAAAUGAACACCUUAUCCUAAUGUUGUGAAUCCACAGUGAAUACUUUAUUAGUACUCUUUCAACAUCUUAUCUCUCUUUCAGAAUCCCAGAGGCAGCUUGAUCAGUGGAAAAAUGGCGACCAGGCAGACCCCAACCUCACCAUCCCCCUGCUAAUGCAGAACCAGGCUCCACAGGGGUUUGAAGAUGGAGACCACAUCAAAGUGGACCUGCGACCAGAGACUGUAAGUAUGGGGCAAGCGUCAGAGGAACCUUGUCUGUGACCAUCUGGGUCUUGUGUCAUUGGGCUGUGAAGGAAAUUCAAUGCAUUUUCACAGCAAAUGUUAUGUGUGAAAUCAAAUUAGGACAGGCAACUUUUACAGAGGGGGAUUGAACGUUGGUUCAGGUUACGUGAGAGAAGUUGAUACAUAAACAGAGAUGGAAAGUUAUUAUAAGCAUGAGUGAAUGAGAGAGAGCGAUGGAUGAACAAGAGUGUGUGAAAGUCAGAUCAACAGAGUGUGUGCGAUGACAGAUGGAGGUGGACUGACCAGUUUAACUGGGACUGAAAGCAGAGACCGUGUGAAAGUGCUGACCGCAGGAUAUUUCCACCAACCAAACAGAACAGUGCCAACAGAGGAGUGUGUGUGUGUGUGUGCACGACACGUACUCACUUCAGAUCUGACAGCAUCUUACGAACGAGAUGACACUCGCUUGCCCUCCCUCUCCCUAGAGACCAACAGUCAUCUUCCUUUCUGCAUCUCUUCCUCAUCACCCCUCCCCCCACCCACUCAUCACUGUCAUCUCACAUCUGCCUUGACUGUAGAUACAGUGCCUUCAGAAAGUAUUCAUACCCCUUGACUUUUUCCACAUUUUGUUUUGUUACAGCCUGAAUUUAAAAUGAAUUAAAUUGAGAUUGUUUUUGUCACUGGCCUACAGACAAUACCCCAUAAUGUGGAAUUAUGUUUUUCACUUUUUUUUAAACAAAUUAAUAAAAAAUGAAAAGCUUGAAUGUCUUGAGUCAAUAAGUAUUCAACACCUUUGUUAUGGCAAGCCUAAAAAAGUUCAAGAGUAAAAAUGUGCAUAACAAGUCACAUAAUGAGUUGCAUGGACUCUCUCUGUGUGCAAUAAUAGUGUUUAACAUGAUUUUUGAAUGACAACCUCAUCUCUGUACCCGACACAUACAAUUAUCUGUAAGGUCCCUCAGUCGAGCAGUGAAUUCCAAACACAGAUUCAACCACAAAGACCAGGAAGGAAGCAGACAUUGAAUAACCCUUUGAACAUGUUGAAGUUAUUAAUUACAUUUUGGAUGGUGUAUCAAUACACCCAGUCACUACAAAGAUACAGGCGUCUUUCCUAACUACGUUGCCGGAGAGGAAGGAAACCGCUCAGAGAUUUCACCAUGAGGCCAAUGGUGACUUUAAAACAGUUACAGAGUUUAAUGGCAGUGAUAGGAGAAAACUGAGGAUGGAUUAACAACAUUGUAGUUACUCCACAAUACUAACCUAAUUGACAGAGUGAAAAGAAGGAAGCCUGUACAGAAUAAAACUAUUCCAAAACAUGCAUCCUGUUUGCAACAAGGCACUAAAGUAAUAAUACAAAAAAUGUGGCCUGAAUACAAAGUGUUAUGUUUGGGGCAAAUUCAAUAUAACACAUUACUGACUGAGUACACCUCCCCAUAUUUUCAAACAUAGUGGUGGCUGCAUCAUCUUAUGGGUAUGCUUGUAAUCGUUAAGGACUGGGGAGUUUUUCAGGACAAAAAAUUAACAGAAUGGAACUAAGCACAGGAAAAAUCCUAGAGGAAAACCUGGUUCAGUCUGCUUUCCACCAGACUCUGGGAAAUGAAUUAUAUUUUCAGCAGGAUAGUAACCUAAAACACAAGGCCAAAUUUACACUGGAGUUGCUUACCAAGAAGACAGUGAGUGUUCCUGAGUGGGCGAGUUAGUUUUGACUUAAAUGUACUUGAAAAUCUAUGGCAAGACCUGAAAAUGGUUGUCUAGCAAUGAUCGGCAACCAAUACGGCAGAGCAUGAAGAAAUAGGAAAAGAAUAAUAGGCAAAUGUUGCACAAUCCAGGUGUGGAAAGCUCUUAGAGACUUACCCACGAAGACUCACAGCUGUAAUUGCUGCCAUAGGUUAUUCUACAAAGUAUUGACUCAGGGGUGUGAAUACUUAUGUAAAUUACCUAUUUCAAUAUAUAAUUUUCAAAAAGUUUCCAAAAAAUACUUUCUGAAGGCACUGUAUAAGGGAGGGGCUGAGGAGCUGGCUCAUUCCACCUUUUUACUUCUUCCACCAUUAUGAUGAUCCCAGCUUCCCCUAGGGCAGACAGAGCCCAUAAGGGAGCUAGUGACAAGCAUGGCACUAGGACAGACAGCACCCACAUUAAUGACAGCAGCAUCUCUCUACACUGCUGUGAUGUGGUUGGUGACCUCAGUCAACUUGGUCUGACUGAGUCUGUCAGCCCAGAGCCAAAGGAUUGUAUAACAACAACAUUGGAAUCAGCUAUUUCUGUCUGUGUAUGGUGUCCGGACGUACACAAGCAUCUGUCAGUCUAUAGAAACACUAUCUGGCAGGCUGACACAAAUGACAAUCAGAUGUACAGAGCAUUAGACUGUACCAGUGGUUGUGUAAAGAGUGAUGUCUGUUUUUCUCAGUAUCUGAGACUGCAUACAGAAUGUGAUGUGUGUCUGAUCAGUUGCUGUGUGUUCAGUCCACAGAGGCAGACUAUGACAGUGUUCCUGUGGAGGUGUACGGGUUAGCCAUGCUGAAGGGGAUGGGCUGGAAGGCCGGAGAGGGCAUUGGGCGGACCUUCAAACAGUGAGUAUUCUCUCUCAUGGUCAGUCUUCAUCCCCAAUCCCUGUUUAGUUUUUAAUGCCUUUAAAAUAUCUGGGUUGCUAUGUCUGCUUUAUUUAUAUCAAUAUUAUCCACUCUUGUUGCAUCAGGUUUUUGGCAUUGGACUUACAUUGAGGGAAAAAAGUAUUUGAUCCCCUGCUGAUUUUGUACGUUUGCCCACUGACAAAGACAUGAUCAGUCUAUCAUUUUAAUGGUAGGUUUAUUUGAACAGUGAGAGACAGAAUAACAAACAAAAAAUCUAGAAAAACGCAUGUAAAAAAUGUUAUAAAUUGAUUUGCAUUUUAAUGAGGGAAAUACGUUUUUGACCCCUCUGCAAAACAUAACUUAGUACUUGGUGGCAAAACCCUUGUUGGCAGUCACAGAGGUCAGAUGUUUCUUGUAGUUGGCCACCAGGUUUGCACACAUCUCAGGAGUGAUUUUUUCCCACUCCUCUUUGCAGAUCUUCUCCAAGUCAUUAAGAUUUCGAGGCUGACGUUUGGCAACUCGAACCUUCAGCUCCCUCCACAGAUUUUCUAUGGGAUUAGUGGCUAGGCCACUCCAGGACCUUAAUGUGCUUCUUCUUGAGCCACUCCUGUCAUGCUGGAAUACCCAUCCACGACCCAUUUUCAAUGCCCUGGCUGAGGGAAGGAGGUUCUCACCCAAGAUUUGACUGUACAUGGCCCCGUCCAUCGUCCCUUUGAUGCGGUGAAGUUGUCCUGUCCCCUUAGCAGAAAAACACCCCCAAAGCAUAAUGUUUCCACCUCCAUGUUUGACGGUGGGGAUGGUGUUCUUGGGGUCAUAGGCAGCAUUCCUCCUCCUCCAAACAUGGCGAGUUGAGUUGAUGCCAAAGAGCUCAAUUUUGGUCUCAUCUGACCACAACACUUUCACCCAGUUCUCCUCUGAAUCAUUCAGAUGUUCAUUGGCAAACUUCAGACGGGCCUGUAUAUGUGCUUUCUUGAUCAGGGGGACCUUGCGUUCGCUGCAGGAUUUCAGUCCUUCACGGUGUAGUGUGUUACCAAUUGUUUUCUUGGUGACUAUGGUCCCAGCUAUCUUGAGAUCAUUGACAAGAUCCUCCCAUGUAGUUCUGGGCUGAUUCCUCACCAUUCUCAUGAUCAUUGCAACUCCACGAGGUGAGAUCUUGCAUGGAGCCCCAGGCCGAGGGAGACUGACAGUUAUUUUGUGUUUCUUCCAUUUGCGAAGCACCAACUGUUAUCACCUUCUCACCAAGCUGCUUGGCGAUGGUCUUGUAGCCCAUUCCAGCCUUGUCUAGGUCUACAAUCUUGUCCCUGACAUCCUUGGAGAGCUCUUUGGUCUUGGCCAUGGUGGAGAGUUUGGAAUCUGAUUGAUUGAUUGCUUCUGUGGACAGGUGUCUUUUAUACAGGUAACAAUCAGAUUCCAAACUCUCCACCAUGGCCAAGACCAAAGAGCUCUCCAAGGAUGUCAGAGACAAGAUUGUAGACAUACACAAGGCUGGAAUGGGCUACAAGACCAUCGCCAAGCAGCUUGGUGAGAAGGUAACAACAGUUGGUGCGAUUAUUCGCAAAUGGAAGAAACUCAAAAGAACUGUCAAUCUCCCUCGGCCUGGGGCUCCAUGCAAGAUCUCACCUCGUGGAGUUGCAAUGAUCAUGAGAACGGUGAGGAAUCAGCCCAGAACUACACGGGAGGAUCUUGCCAAUGAUCUCAAGGCAGCUGGGACCAUAGUCACCAAGAAAACAAUUGGUAACACACUACGCAGUGAAGGACUGAAAUCCUGCAGCGCCCGCAAGGUCCACCCUGCUCAAGAAAGCACAUAUACAGGCCCGUCUGAAGUUUGCCAAUGAACAUCUGAAUGAUUCAGAGGAGAACUUGGUGAAAGUGUUGUGAUCAGAUGAGACCAAAAUCGAGCUCUUUGGCAUCAACUCAACUCGCCGUGUUUGGAGGAGGAGGAAUGCUCCCUAUGACCCCAAGAACACCAUCCCCACCGUCAAACAUGGAGGUGGAAACAUUAUGCUUUGGGGGUGUUUUUCUGCUAAGGGGACAGGACCCCUUCACCACAUCAAAGGGACGAUGGAAGGGGCCAUGUACCGUCAAAUCUUGGGUGAGAACCUCCUUCCCUCAGCCAGGGCGUUGAAAAUGGGUUGUAUAUGGGUAUUCUAGCAUGACAAUGACCCCAAAACACACGGCCAAGGCAACAAAGUUGUGGCUCAAGAAGAAGCACAUUAAGGUCCUGGAGUGGCCUAGCCAGUCUCAAGACCUUAAUCCCAUAGAACAUCUGUGGAGGGAGCUGAAGGUUCGAGUUGCCAAACGUCAGCCUCGAAACCUUAAUGACUUGGAGACGAUCUGCAAAGAGGAGUGGAACAAAAUCCCUCCUGAGAUGUGUGCAAACCUGGUGGCCAACUACAAGAAACGUCUGACCUCUGUGAUUGCCAACAAGGGUUUUGCCACCAAGUACUAAGUCAUGUUUUGCAGAGGGGUCAAAUACUUAUUUCCCUCAUUAAAAUGUAAAUCAAUUUAUAACAUUUUUCAUAUGCGUUUUUCUGGAUAUUUUUGUUGUUAUUCUGUCUCUCACUGUUCAAAUAAACCUACCAUUAAAAUUAUAGACUGGUCAUGUCUUUGUCAGUGGGCAAACGUACAAAAUCAGCAGGGGAUCAAAUACUUUUUUCCCUCACUGUACAUGUUGGAUCAUUUUCAUAGCUUUUGAUUUCCUUAAAACCGGUCAAACUGUCGUCAUUUGGAAAUCUCCCUGGUCCCUAAAGAAAUUAAAGAGAACUUUACCGGUGCCAACAAGAUUGUUGAUGAUGCAUUGAUCAUUCUAUCGAUUUAUUACAUUAUUCUGGUGAGCAAGGCUUUAUUUAGAAUUCUAGACAAGCAUCAAAUAACAGAAGAGAAGCUGCAUAUAGGCUAUCUAAUUAUAGACAAGUUGACUAACAAAUAGCCUACCAAAUGUCGGAAAUUAUAAGCAGAAAAAUAUCUAAAUGAGGCUUAGAAAACGCUGUCCUUGAGUAACAUACGCAGGUAGCCUACAUGUGCCUUUUGAAGUAAUUGUUUGACAAUCAGAUAAAAACAUGACUGGUUGUGUUUAUGCCACAUUAUAAGGUAGGCUAAUACAUUUUAAAAGUUAAAUGACAUAUAUUUUCUAUUAGGCUUACAGAGAUCCUAUUAAAUUAAUAGGGAUUCUAUAUGUAAUUCUAUAAUUAGGGCCAUAAUUCUAUAUAUAUAUUUUAAAAAAAUUACGUGUGCACACAUAGGAGGUCCCACCUAAUCCCCCCCCCCCCCCUCCCUUGCUCUCUCCAGGGACGUGAAGCCCAUAGAGCACCAGCUAAGGCCGAAGGGUCUGGGUCUGGGAGCUGACCGCUCUGCUAUAAGGGACCUGGAGCCCAGUGGGCCCCGGAGGCCCCCCAAGCCAGGCGAUGAGCGGAAGGAGGAGAGCCUGGUCUUGGGCCCUGGAGGCCAUGUGCUGGUGGAGUCUGGAGCACACAAGGACCUGUACGGGAAGGUGAGAUAUCUGGCUUUUUGUGUCUGGACUCUCUGGAACUACAGAAAGCAACAGAAAUCUCCUGAGAACAUGACACUGUGGCAUAUCACUAUCUCGUAGGCUAUCUUAGCUGUCAUAGUUGUUGUUUUAGUUUGAUUACGUAUUUAAAAAGAGCAAGACAAUUAGUUUCACGUUGCUCAAAUGUAACUGUCUCUCUACUUGUGCCUUUAAUUGGCUGUUUUGUCUCCCCCUCCUCCUCCUCGCUACAUCCCUCCUAUUGCCCCAACAUUCCUAUGUUACAGAUUGAAGGAGUUGAUCCGGACAAUGCACGAGUAGUGGUCAAGCUUGCGAUUGGUAGCAAGACUGUGACAAUCAGUCAAUAUGCACUGAAACUGGUUGACCGCACAGAAUAUGACAGAAACUGCAAAGACCUCAGUAAGUCUCUCUCCUUCCAGUGAUUUCUGUCUGAAAUGACAUUGAACCUGUUUACCAUAAAAUAUUGGAAUACUUUAGUUGAGCAAACAGACAUGUCAUGGAAAUGUUCUUUCCAUUAUUAUUUCCAAUAUUGUCUUCUUGGCAAUAUUGUGAGACACCCACUCCCUACAUAGAUGGAAAGUUCUAGACCAGAACAAGGAUAACAGCCCUAAAGGGCAGACUGGUCUGUUGUUGAGUGAUGAGCUGGGCUGAUUCUAGAGGCUCUCUCUCUCCUUUAGCUAAGUGACAUUUGAUCCUCUGUGUGAAAAGGAGCCAUCUGGCCUUGCCCAUUCCAACCCAAAACAGCCAUGCUGUCACUACUCUUAUUGUCAGUAAUCAGAAGGACCUGUUCCUGGAGUGGAGGGAGGUUCACACAUAAGCAAUGCCAGUCAGAUAUAUACUGGAACUGUUUGUGAACAGGCUAAUUGUACUGCUCUCAUGUGGCUUAUUUGUUAUUGCUGAAUAGGUAAAUAUGUAUCAGCACUACUAUAGCGAUAAUGCAGAUGAGACUACUUGAUAUUUCUGAUGAAACUGUUUAAUGGAGUCCCCUUGGACUGUUUGUGACAUUGCAAUUGUAACACUAUCUUUCUACCAAACAGGUCGCCUCAGCAGGGCCCACAAGGAGAAGGAGAAGGAACGGCAGAGACGAGAGGAGAAAGAGAGGAGUAAUAAAGAAGAGGAGAGGAAGAAAAGUAGAUCUUCUGAGAGGGACAGAGAUGGAGGGAAGGACCAGAGAAAAAGGAAACACCGGGAUUCAAGUCAGGACAGGUAGAGUAUCCUGAAAAUAUUGGAUGAGGUUGGAAGUGUAGGAUUUAUAAGAAAUACAAGAGGAUAACUAAUGACUUGGAUUAGUUGGUGUUUAUGUUGGAUUAUAGUACUCCUUCAUAGAAUUACAAAUCUAAAGCUAUUAUUUACUCACACCAUUUCAUUUGAUAACACAUAAAGUAAAUAAUGCUUCAAAUUUGUAAUGUUUUUUUUUCUUGAUCUCCCAUCUUGCACUAUCACGUUUUCCCUUUUCUCCUUAGAGAGAAGCCCCAGGUAAAGCUACCUCCUGCUGCCCCCUCCUGGCUCCAGAGAGACCUGAAAGUUCGCUUUGUAGAUAAAGCCUUCAAAGGGGGAAGGUACUACAAUUCAAAGGUAUUAACACUAGGGGGCGCUGAUACACAAUUAAUUGCCUGUUGACACUUUAUGACCCACUACAGUUCUGUGUUGAUGAUCUUUAGAAUCAGUUUAAUUAAUGUCCUAUGCUGGUUUCUUGAAGAUGCGAAUAGAGGAUGUCUUGACGCCAAACAUCUGUGUGUGUCGUACUGAGGAGGGCAGAUUCUUAGAUGGUGAGUUCUCAAUGUUUACUGCUGAAUUACAUUCUACUCACUCCAACCCAUAUUAUUUUAAUUGGUGUUCCCUCUACUCAUCUAUUUUUCCAUCAAUAAUGUCUUCAUGAUAACAUAGAUGUGAAACAGACGAUGCUGGAGACCAUUGUGCCAAAGAGUGACUCGGAGGACAUCAUGGUUGUACUCGGUGAACACAGGGGGCAGGUGAGUGGAUGGGUUGGUUGGCACAUCGUAAUCACUUUGCCUGUAAAAUAUCCAUGCGGAAUUGUGUAUCAUAGCGUUCAUUACUGAUUGGAUUGAAGGACUACAAAAUGUUGAAUAUUCUCACAAGUGUCCGUUCUUAAUGACACGGUGUGUGUUUCAGGUGGGCCGUAUCCUCCAGAGGGACAGAGACCGGAGCAGAGCCAUGGUACAGCUGGACAGAUAUGAGGAGAAAGUCUUCACCCUGGACUAUGACUCCAUCUGCCAUUACGUAGGAGGGGGAGAUCACUGACACUCUCCGGUCUUACCAUAUAACCAGUGAUGUAGUGGUAAAAUAUUGGUGGGGGAAUAAAGUAACGCUCCCUAUACUUUC